CUGGGCUCCGCGGCGUAAGUCAACUGCCUGAUCUCAUCUUUACUAGUUGCAACCGACUAACCAAGCCUAACAGAACAUCGAACUCGUCCUCGAAAGCCAUGAUAUAAACAGAGCAAUCCGCAUCCUCCGCAAAGCCAACUUUCCCGAUGAGCAACCCAUGCACUACACCCAUCUGCUCUGUCCCUUUCCCCACAUGGGACAAAGGACCUAUUCAGCCCGCGAAACCCCCUUCAUCCCCUCCUACUCAUUCCACCUAAACGGGAGUGUCUGGGGAGAGAUGAACACGGAGUUCCACACUGAUCUCUAUCUAUACGAGAAGCGAUAUCUCUUCUGGGACCUGCCUGAGCUCACUCUAGGAGAACUGUUCGAAGAUGACCCCCAUUUCAUCCUAGCCAGUAAUCCCCGUCUCCCUCCCCAGAAGGACAAGCAGCAUUGGGGCCGGUUCCCUGAUACCCUGUACCCGGUUAAGAUGCCCAUGCCGGUGCGAUAUGUCGAGGCGAUGAUGCUUCUGACUGCCCGGGACUGGCAAAUCAAGGGACAUGGGUGGGCGUGGCGGGCCGAGAUAGUGUAUAUGUGGAAGCACGUAAAAAAAGGCAUGCUAAAGGAGUUCUUUGAGUUGGAGAGGUUCAAGCCGAUAUUUCGGUUCUGGUGGGCGGAUUUGGAGACUUCGGAGACAAUUCCCGGUGGAGAGGUGCUGUGUGUGCAUCAGCUGAGGGGGCAGUUGGUGGCGGCGGGUAUGAUGCCUGAGACGCCGCUUACUUGGCUGAAGACGUAUGAUUGAUUCAGUAGUGAUUGCUUGUGGUAUAUAGUAUUUGGUGUAUGCAUAGUUUUGAUAUAUAAUUAAUCAGUAUAAAUAGGGCAGUCAGGUCUGACAUGCUAUGCCUCACAUCAGACUUUGAAGAACGUUACCUAUUGUUUCCCUGAUUAGGAUACAUUUAAUGCUUGAGAGUAGUGAGGUAGUAAAUGCCAGGACCGGAAACCAGUCUCUAACUGUGGCGCAAUCGGUGGGUAGACAUGGAAGGGUUCAACUGCAGUGGCGGAAAUACGUUCUGCGAUCAUCUAGAUAUUCAAGUCACGCCAGGCCAUCAUGAGGGCUUCACUAGUCUGUAUUCAGAAGAGACGUGGUCUCGCACUUCUCAG